UGCUCCGAUAAUCCUGGUAGUAAUCGAGUAACGUAUCGAUUGAUCCGCUAGAUAAUCAUCGUGGAGGAUUAAGAGCAGCUGGAAUUCCCAUCUAAACGUGAUCACAUGAUUUGUAACGUGCCGACGACGUACCGUUGAUAUACGUCGUCUAGUGAGAGCUGUACGCGAUCCUGAAAGGAGAAAUUCACGAAGGAGGCGAACGGGAAGUUCUGGGAAGGCUCGUUGAACACCAGUGAGAAAAACAGCUUUGGAUUAUGACUAUUGGAUGACGAUUGACAUGGUGACGUCGUAAAAUCGACGCGACUUCACAUUCUCCAUGGAUUAUAAGUGAUAUCGUGGAAGAGAAAUGAUCAUCAUUGUGGGAUUCUGUGAGAAACGUGUUCCUUAACGCGAUUCGUCUAUCCAAAACACCGCUAAGCGUCGUCAUGACGCGUCUGGAUCGCGCAUGAACGAUCACAUGCCAUUCCAGAGAUCACCACGUCGACGAUUCGGGAGAAGCUGGUGAUUCGAGCGACGUGUCCAACGUCCAAUAGUGUCUGACGUAGGUGGAUUUGGGUGCAUCGUAAUAAAAAAGAAAGAAAGAGAAAACGUAACACGCGAGCAACGUAUAAGCGAGAGAACUGCAAAUGUGAAGUUCGUUGUGUCGACAGAAAAAUACGCGAGUGCUGAAUAAAAAGAGGCAUACGAGGGAUGCGUCCCACGGGCGAAGGGUGGGGUAUUUGGUUACCGAUAAGGCUUAUCCGGAGAUACGAUGGUCGGUAACUGCGCUCGUCGAGUCGUCAGUCAUAGUACUCAGGUGCCGUCGACGAGAUCGUCGUGCCGCUCAGGUUACUAUAAUUUCGCGAUUCGUGCAUCAUUCUGCAGCUCCAAGGAGGUAUCUUGAAAGUGUCGCUUCCGCGGGCCAGGUGUCCAGUGGUAUCGCGUGAGUCCAAAAGGGUUUCGUAUUCGCACCCACAGUUGGAUCGUGUCGCAACGGAUCUCAAAAGACGCUCCAAUAUCUGUCUGGAUUCUAAAGUAUACGAAACGAAAGGUCGGAUAUCGAUCACUAUCAGUCACCGCUGGUACGAAUUGAACAAGACCUCAACAGGAUUAGUCUUUCCGCGUACUUUCGUGUUGUCGGUGUGCUUAAUCCACGUGAUGAGUGUGUGCUCCUCGUGCUAAGAUUUCGAUUCGUUUCCGAGCGCGAACGUGAUUCGUGAAUCGAGAGUGUCCUGUGUUGUUCGUAGUUUACCCGAGACGCUAGAAGUAGCUUGUUCGUGCACAUACUGUAGAGUUUGAGGGUUGACGCCUUCAAACCGCAAGCGUACAAUAAUCCUGUCUUCCUCAACGAUAAACGAGACCGAGCGAAGGAGGCACCGACACCCGGUCGCCAAACGGACUCCCAUGAAAAUGUUACAGUCGCUAAAUGCUCUGGCGGGUAAAAUCUCGCCGGGCUCACCUACCGACAGCAACGCCAACAAGGUGCACAUGCAUAAUAACAACAAUAAUAACAACAACGUGGUGCAUCACCAUCCCUAUUCCAAACAGCAGACCCAGCCGUCCCCGUCGCACUCGGCCAACGGCGACCAAAAGGAAAAUACUAUAAUGAAUAACAACAGUGUGGAGCUGCCGGAUCCAGACAACAUAAAGAUGUUCGUAGGGCAGGUACCUCACGAUAUGGACGAGAAUGAUUUGAGGACGAUGUUUGAGGAAUAUGGUCGAGUGCAUCAGAUAAAUAUCUUGCGGGACAAGAUCACCGGCAGUCAUAGGGGAUGUUGCUUUGUAACCUUCUACACUAGAAAAGCGGCUUUGGCAGCGCAGAACGCUCUUCAUAACGUCAAAACCUUCAGUGGGAUGCGCCAUCCGAUCCAAAUGAAGCCAGCCGACAGUGAGAAUCGGAAUGUUUUGGCACGAUUAAGGAUGGAAUUUCGAGCAACGCGGCAUGACGGUAUAACCGAAAGAGAAGACAACAAUAACGGUCGCGAAGAUAAAGUUAACUUUCUUCGUUCGACGGAGAAUGCAGCUCAAAGCACGUUCAUUAGAUACUAAUUAAUUGGCUGAAUUGAGGGGCUUGUCGAGAUUGCGUAGUCAAAGAAGACAUAAGCGAGCUAUGAAGCACCAAGUGGUAGGAUGAUAAGGUAGGCCAGGAAAAUU